AUGGAUUCGCAACACCGCGUGGACAAGGCUGCGAGGCUGAUGAGGAAGGGCUCCGUACGGGAUCCGCAGAAGGUGUCGAAACUGCAACGGUCGCUCACGGGCGAGGAGACGUCGCGCCUGCACCCCGUGCAGGCUCGGCUCAGUGACAAGUCCCUCGCCCCCUCGCCCAUCGUCACCUUGACGGUUGGCGCCGAGGCGCGACUGUUUGCGGCGCACGAGGACGUGUUGUGUCAGGCUCCUUUUUUCGAAAAGAUCCUGCGUGGCAACUACCUCGGCGCGCAGAGUAAGCGCAUUGCGCUUCCGGAUGAAGACCCGGAGGUCUUCAGCGCUAUCCUCGAGUAUCUCUACAAGGGCGACUACUACCCCCGCUUGCUGCACAACAAGCACCGAAACUCUUGGGAGCUCGAGGAUUCGCUUCCCCGUCGGGCCACGCCCCAAAAUUCCCCGACGAUAAACGAUUCCCCAAACAUCGGAGGUGGUCGCGCAGGGCAGACCCCCCAGACCCCUUCGGCUGUCGAGGCGACCGUGUACCUCUCUAGCAUCGGCCAGCACCUUCUCCGCGACACUGUUAUCUACUGCGCCGCGGAGCGCUAUGGGCUGGAGGAGCUUAAGAAGCUGGCGCUGCGGAAGCAAGGGUUGCAGUCCGGCAUCGACGUCGGCACCAUCCUCCGCAGCGCGCAAUACUGCUACGCGCACACCCCCGACUCGGACAGCCGCCUGCGCGCCCAUUACCUGGCGCUCAUCAUCCGGUGCCGCAAGACCUUCAAGCGCAGCGGCACCAUGCAGGCCGAGAUGGAGAAGAGCGGCAGCGACGUGUACGGCGAGGGAAGUGGGAAGCUGUUCUUCGACUUGUUCGUCGCCAUGUGCAACCACCUCGACGACGUCAUUGAGGCGAGUAACGCGCGGACCCCUAAGACGAUCUGA